AAGCAGUCUAGCCUCAGCUUCCUUCGCCAACCCUAUAAAGUGACUCACAGCACCACCCAUUUGCAAACUCACGAGAAUUAACCUGACUCCUUCACUAUCUCUUUCUCCCUCGAUCCUCUCGCGAAGCGGGCAAAAACAAAAUAGAAAAUGUCCUACCUCCAAUCCGCCCGCCUCACCUACCGCGCCCUGGAAGACACCCCGGACGAUGAAGACUUCCUGCACGCGAUCCAAUCCGACCCAGAAGCCUACGCCAACUCGACUCCGGCCUUACCCAAGCCCCAAGCCAAGCGUGACACCGUCAAUGGGUACAAGAAAUCCCUGAUGGAGCGGGCGCUGCUGGCGGCGAUCAUCGUGCUGCCGCAUGCCCCACCGAGUGCCGAACCCCCUAGCUCGAAUUCGGCAGAAGAUAGUCAGAAGACACAGACCCAGACGACAACCCCCGGCACCCCGAUCGGAGUGAUCUCCCUCCGCCGCGAAGGCGGGGACUACGCCCACCACCGCGGCACCUCCAUCACCAUCGAUAUCGCCCGCCCGUACCGCGGCCAGGGGUACGGCAGCGAGGCGAUCAAUUGGGUGCUGCACUGGGCAUUCCGGCGCGCGGGGCUGCAUCGCGUGGAGAUUCAGGCUCUCGCGUACAACGAAGGGGCGGUGCGGUUGUAUGAGCGGUUGGGGUUCACGCUCGAGGGGCGCCGGCGGGAGGCGUUCUGGCACGAUGGGAAGUGGUAUGAUGAUGUGGUGUUUGGGAUGUUGGAGCGGGAGUGGGAGGAGCGGCAGGCACGGGUGCAGUCGGCGUAGACGGAGAGAUGAUGAGCGGAAGGCCUAUGAUGGAAAGGGGAUUAUAGAACUCUGUGGUUGGAUUCAGCCCCGUGAUGCUUCCGAUCGGGGUUCCCUUUCCUCGAGAAUCAUGAAUGUAUAUACGCAUUGGAGACACGAAAGCGCCCAAAAUUCACGUCCCAGUCAAGGGCUGCUUGUAUACCACCCCGUCCACCGUCGUGACGAGGGUCCCGUUGGCCACGAAAACAUUGAGCAUGGCAUCAUCGACGACGUGAAACCCACCGGGUCCAGUGACCUUGGUGCUGUACGAGGCCCCCGUGGCCGUCAGGUUAGAAUACCAAUCCAGCCGGGCCGAUGUGACGGACAAAGGCGUG